ACUGCAGGGGUAGCUGGAAGAGAAGUGUGUGGCUCGAUUACCCAGCUCAAGCAGACCUUGUGAGAACUAGAGGAAGAAUGCUCCUGGCUGUGUUGUACUGCCUGCUGUGGAGUUUCCAGACCUCCGAUGGCCAUUUCCCUCGAGCCUGUGUGUCCUCCAAGGACCUGAUGGAGAAGGAAUGCUGCCCACCAUGGAGGGGUGACGGGAGUCCCUGUGGUCAGCUUUCAGGCAGGGGUUCCUGUCAGGACAUUGUUUUAUCCAAUGCACCCCUUGGGCCUCAAUUCCCCUUCACAGGGGUGGACGACCGGGAGUCCUGGCCCUCUGUCUUUUAUAACAGGACCUGCCAGUGCUCUAGCAACUUCAUGGGAUUCAACUGUGGAAAUUGCAAGUUUGGCUUUGGGGGACCAAACUGCACAGAAAGGCGACUUUUGGUGAGAAGAAACAUCUUUGAUUUGAGUGUUCCAGAGAAGAACAAAUUUCUUGCUUACCUCACUUUAGCAAAGCGUACUACUAGCCCAGACUAUGUCAUCCCCACAGGCACCUAUGGCCAAAUGAAUAAUGGGUCGACACCCAUGUUUAGUGACAUCAACAUUUAUGACCUCUUUGUCUGGAUGCACUAUUAUGUGUCAAGGGACACACUGCUUGGGGGGUCUGAAAUCUGGAGAGACAUUGAUUUUGCUCAUGAAGCACCAGGUUUCCUGCCUUGGCACAGACUCUUCUUGUUGCUGUGGGAACGAGAAAUCCAGGAGCUUACAGGGGAUGAGAACUUCACCAUUCCUUACUGGGACUGGAGAGAUGCUGAAAACUGUGACAUUUGCACGGAUGAAUAUAUGGGAGGGCGCAACCCAACAAACCCCAACCUACUCAGCCCAGCAUCCUUCUUUUCCUCUUGGCAGAUCAUCUGUAGCCGAUCGGAGGAGUACAACAGCCGCCAGGUACUGUGCAAUGGGACCUCUGAGGGACCGUUACUGCGCAACCCUGGAAACCAUGACAAAGCCAGGACCCCGAGGCUCCCCUCCUCAGCUGAUGUGGAAUUUUGCCUGAGUCUGACCCAGUAUGAAACGGGUUCCAUGGAUAGAACCGCCAAUUUCAGCUUUAGAAACACACUGGAAGGAUUCGCUAGUCCACUUACUGGGAUAGCAGAUGCCUCCCGAAGCACUAUGCACAAUGCCUUGCACGUGUAUAUGAAUGGAACAAUGUCUCAGGUACAAGGAUCUGCCAACGACCCCAUUUUCCUUCUUCACCAUGCAUUUGUUGACAGUAUUUUUGAACAAUGGCUCCGAAGGCACCGUCCUCUUCAAGAAGUUUAUCCUGAAGCCAAUGCACCCAUUGGACAUAACCGGGAAUCCUACAUGGUUCCUUUUAUACCUCCCUAUAGAAAUGGUGAUUUCUUUAUUUCAUCGAGAGACCUGGGCUAUGACUAUAGCUACCUACAAGAUUCAGAUCCGGACUUUUUUCAAGAUUACAUUAAGCCCUACUUAGAACAAGCAAGUCGGAUCUGGCCAUGGCUCGUUGGGGCAGCUAUAGUGGGAUCUGUCCUCACUGCUGUACUGGUGGGGCUCACUAGGCUGAUAUGUCGUCGAAAGAAAAAGCAAGUCUCUGAAGAACAGCAGCCACUCCUCAUGGAAAAGGAGGAUUACCACAGCUUGUUGUAUCAGAGCAAUUUAUAAAAGGCUUAGACAAUAGAGUAGGGCCCAAAUGCCUGACCUCUGUAUCAAAUGAUGUUCAAGUCCCUGGGGAUGUCCCAACAGAAAUCCCUCCUAUUUGUCUGUGAAGACCAAUAACAGAAUGGUGAUCUUAUACAAAGUAUACCCCUCUUAUAUCUCAGGUAGAACACACCUGUGCUUGCCUUGCUGUUUUUUGAUUAUCCCUUUGACAGGUUUCCUCAGGCCCAUAUUUCCCAGGAAAGAAUGUCAUUUGGUAAUUAACAACUGCUACUUG